UAUAGAGAAGACAAGAGAGAGGGAGAAACAUACACUUUUAAAGGCUUUUUAUCUUGUCAAUGCUUUUUUUUUUUUUUUUUUACACUUUUUCGGCUUAUUUUUCUAGGCGCCCUGUUAAUCUCUGACUGAAAGACAAACAGAUGCACGAUCGAUGUUGUUUAAUCAAUUUAGCAGGGGCGUUAUCUGAGUCUCUAAAGUCAUUUUUCCCCCAAGUCAUGCCACGUCUGAGAUUACGCCUGUCGAUGGGCUGAGCAAACAGUCAUCACCAACAUCAUCCUCCUCCUGCUCACUCAGCUGCAGCUGUCUGCCGCUCAGUGUGGGCUGACCGAAAAAGUUACCGAAGUUGCCUUUCCUUGUUGGCUGGGUUUGAAUUUUCCCAUUUCUUGCGGCCUUGACUCCUCCAGCUAACUCCCCCCCACCCCGCAGCAGUCCGCCGGGCCGCCGCAGCAUGCUGGCCUGACGUCUGAGGAAUGGCAUCGGCUGUGUUUGAAGGGACGUCGCUGGUCAAUAUGUUUGUCCGGGACUGCUGGGUUAACGGGAUCCGGAGACUCAUCAUCAGUCAGCGCGGAGAGGAAGAGGAGUUUUUCGAGAUCAGGACUGAAUGGUCAGACAGGAACAUUUUAUACUUACAUCGGAGUUAUUCCGACCUGGGGCGGCUGUUUAAGAGACUAUUGGAGUCUUUUCCUGAGGACAGAAGAGAUCUCUCUAAAUCUCCUCUGAUAGAAGGGCUGGUAAAAAUCAAAGAGGCACAUGAUAUUGAGGAGAAGCUGAACGAGGUAGAGAGACUAUUGAAGAACGCUAUCAACAUGCCAUGCAAGUAUUCCAGGUCAGAGGUGAUGUUGACUUUCUUUGAGCGCUCACCGCUGGACCAAGUGUUAAGGAACGACAAAGUCCACAGAAUCCAGCCAUGUUUUCAGAGUCCGAUCAAGAUAUCAGAAAUCAUGCGGUCGAAUGGAUUUUGUCUGGCCAAUACAGAAACCAUAGUGUUCGAUCACAGUAUCCCUGAAGAAAAGGAGAGACCUUCAUCAACAGAUUCUGUAGAGCAUACGUAUGAAGAUGGAACAGAGUUUUUACCAAUGGAAGCAGAUGUUUGUGAAGAGGAAACAGAAGCAUAUGUCACCAACCUCUCCUACUACCAUCUAGUCCCAUUUGAAACUGACAUCCUGGAAUGAAGACUUAUGGAUGGAAACCUUUUUAAUGGAACCAAACUACGCAAUGUUGCACAUGGUGUCUCCAUUUGAAUGCUGCAGCUACUUAUUGUAGCAGCUUAUAGAGUUGCUUAAGUUUUUUUUCCCUUUUUUUAUAUAUAUAAAACAGUAUGCAACAUUGGUUGUUUGCAUCAGCGGCACCACUUCAUCCACUUUAUGUGACAUCACCAGUGUGCCUCACCCAGGGCCUUACAUUUUUUUAAUCAUUUGAGUGUAUAAGGCUUUAAAGUGAUGCAGCAGGAACAUGCCACCUUGCCUCUUAACAGAGCUCAAAGCUAUCAGAGUUUGUGGACUGGAGUGUGUCUGAGACUGAUGGAGCGGGGACUACGCAUCAUUUAAAUUUUAUAAACCAAUAUAACUUAUUGGACCAGUCAGUGUUUCUUUAUCUGAUUGACCAGCAAACAUUUUAUCUGACUGAACCGUUUUAUCCGUCUCAUUUAUUCAUUUAUCGACCGCUCCUUGAAGCCGGUUGCCUGAUUCAAUGGAGAGAUUUGUGAUGCAUCUGCAGAGCCCAUUGUCUUCUUGCUUGAACUACUCCCUAAAGUGCUACCCCCAGUAUUACCUCUGGUGUGGGAGUACAAAAACGCUGCCGUGAAGCUUUGUGUGAGAUUGUUGUUUAUGGUGCACGUUCCACCAGCAUUCAAUUUCAGAUUGUGCACCAGCUUAAAACUCUUAUUUUGGUUGCUGUGAUACACAGUGUGUUUUUGGGGCAUGAUAGCACUCCAACAGCCGUGUGAAACUGGACUACAUUUGUUCUGAUGACAGACAUGAGGAAUUUAGCUGCUGCUAAACAAAAGAAAAGAAAUUCUUCUCUGUAACAAAUAGUCACUAUAAGUGGAUGGUGCACUGAGGAAGACUCAUGAAGAUUUUAUGCAACAGACCCAUGUUUGUUAGCAUUAGCAGGAGACUGAUUUUCAUGGUGCUUCUGUGUUAGUUUUUGGACUGCCAUCAAGAUAAAGAAUAUAAAAGAAACACAAAGGAUUUUUGUAAUUUUGUUUCCAAAGUGGGAACAUAAUGCUGCCAAGAAUGUUUUUUUUAUGAUGUUUUGUCUUAAUGCUAAAAUAGAAUGUAAUUAUGUAAUAAAUGUAGCUGGUAGUGUUUAUCUACUAUAAGCAAUUUCCAGAUAAUUUGCUAUAUUAUGGUGGAGACCAAGUGUGGCCAUUCUGUGGAAAACUAAAUCAUGUCACUGCUUUUGCUGCCAUCUGAAGAAUGACAAAAUGGGGCUUUGUUUAUUUUCUCUGCUGAGGUCAUUUCUGUCCUGUUCUGUAAGAUGACAUGAGUGGGUUCAGUGUGGGAGUCUGCAGCUUAGCCUGUGAUGGCAGAACAAGUCCUUUCUUUAUCUUAAGAAGACAAACAGCUUGGCUUUACUGCAACCUCAUAUAGGAAAAGUUUGAAGAAAAAAGCAAACAGUUUAUUAAAAUUCAUGCCUUUGCAGGUUUUUAGACCUUCACAUCCUAAGGGCACUUUCAUUUCUGAAAAAUUGAUCGUGGAAAUCAGUGGAGCAUUGCAUAUGUUUUGAAUGCAACUGAAAGGCUGUAAAUGUUUAUUUGUGUAGGAUUAACUGUCAUUGUUUUGGCAGUUUUAUGACUGCAGGAGCCACUGCAGUCUUACAAUGUAGGCUAACAGCUUGAGUCCAGGUUUUUGCCCCUCUAAAUACAAAAAGCAUUGAACCCUCACAGACUUGGCACAUGGGCCUUCAGCAUGUCCUCCGCAUGAGUCUAUUUAGUAACACAGUCAUGAUCUUUACUCACCCCGUGAGAAAGUUCAGCUCUUUCACAGGGUACAACAACUUUUUCAUGCUGUUCUUUUUUUGUUUUGAUCAUAAAGGUUUCUGAUAAAUGGAUCUUUUGUAGCAUACUUAACGCCACUGUUAUUUUAAUUUAAUAAGAAGGAACUGGGAUUUCUUAUUUAAGGUUUUCGAGUCCAAGAAUAGUUUUAAAUUCCUGAAAGGCCAAAUGAGUUAAUAUAAAAAGAAAAAACUGAUCUUAAGAUGUUUUUUUUUGCCCAUUUUCAGCCCCAUUUUGAAUAUUUUGCCACAGUCUCUGUAAAACUUUGGCUGCAAUGGUACAAAACCUGUUCAGUGCAGUGAAGGGAAUGAGUAACAGAAAGCUGCUACUCAAGUUUCUGUGACAUUUUAAAACAUGUCAGAAUCCUCAUUAUGCCAGCUUUUUAAGACAUAAUACAUAAAAAAUGUAUUUAUGUUGCAAACUUCAGCCACUUUCUGUGAAACUAACCGUUCUAUGCCUUGUUAUUGUAUGUUUACAUUCUCAUGUCAUGUGUAGGAGGAUUCUUUGCUGUGUAAAUAUGUCAAAAUGUAGUUUAUCUUAAUGAUGAACUUUAAUAAUAACAUGUUAACAUGUUUGAUAACUAUGAAGCUAUUCAGUAUUAAAUACAAAUUAUUACUCUGAAUGCGCUCUCAAAACAAAUAAAUAUGUUUUCAAU